AAAAUAUCUCUCUGUUAUUUCAGUGUUUCGUAGCGUUGUUUCUCAUUUCUCUCUCCUCCUCCGCCUUCAAAAACCGAACCACUGUGUGAUCACGACGGAACCCUUGUUCAGCGCCUCCGCUACGCUUCUCUCUCUCCGUCGCUGCAAUUCGUGGCUCCGUCGUCUUCAUCCUUCCAAUCCCUAACUCUCCACACCCUUGCAUUCUCAGCUCCAUCCUUCAACUCGAACUUAAUUUCGUUCUGAUCAAGUUCCCUCAGAAUCUAGAUUAGCUGGUCAAGGGCUGUGGGUGAGGAUGAAUUUGCAACAAGUUGGACAGCCUAAAUCAUCUAAUGGAUAUGGUCGUCGGAAAUCUGAAAAAGAAGGGGCAACUAAGUCUGAUAAUAAGAUUCCCUCUGGUAAAUCAAAUACCAGCAGAUUAGUGAGCACAGGCGCGAUGACUGGCAAUAAAAGUGGUAGUGAUGAGAGUCCUUCACAUGAUCGACUAGUGUAUUUAACAACAUGUCUUAUUGGGCACCAGGUGGAAGUCCAGGUGAAAAAUGGAUCUAUAUACUCUGGAAUAUUUCAUGCAACAGAUACUGACAAAGAUUUUGGAAUCAUUUUGAAAAUGGCUCGCUUGACAAAGGAUGGCUCUUCGCGAGGGCAGAGGUCUGGUGUAGAACUUCUCAACAAAGCUCCUUCCAAGACUUUUAUCAUACCUGGCAAAGAACUUGUACAAGUCAUAGCGAAGGAUAUUGCUGUUUCUAGAGAUGGCCAAUCUAGUGAAUCUCACUAUGACAUGCAUCAGGAGAUCAUGGUUGAUUCAGUCAUAUCUCAAUCUCAUCAUGUUGAGAUAGGGAGAGAAUUGCAACGAUGGGUACCUGAUGAAGAUGCUCCACAGUGCCCUGAACUGGAAAAUAUCUUUGAUGACCCUUGGAAUAGGGGAUGGAAUCAGUUUGAAACAAAUGAAAUGUUGUUUGGUGUAAAAAGCACAUUCAAUGAGGAAAUCUAUACAACAAAGCUUGAAAAAGGGCCUCGGACAAGAGAAUUGGAAAGACAAGCUUUAAGAAUAGCAAGAGAAAUUGAGGGUGAGGAAACCCAAGAUCUUCAUCUAGCAGAGGAAAGGGGCCUUUACCAUGAUAACUUUGAUAUUGAUGAAGAGACUCGGUUCUCCUCAGUGUAUAGGGGUAAAGGUGUUGAUGAUAGUGGAUGUGAUGAAAAUGAGGACAAGCUGUUGGAUUCACUCAAUACUGAAACUUUUGGUGAUAUGUCUGGUUCGGUUAUUAUGAGGCCAGGUGAUAUAAGUGGCGGAAAAGGCAAUAAUGGAGCUCAAACAUGGUCAAAUUUAUCCUCUGUGGACCACUUACGCUCUGGUUCUUAUGAUCAUGCUAAGCAGUUAGUAUCUGAUCUCCCUGCCCAAAGCUUAUUGUUUUCGGAUGGGGAAAGCAGGAUUCAUGAUAAUUCAGUUCGUGAUCUACAUGGAGCCAACAAUAGUACCGCAGGGGAAAGUAAAAUGCAAGCUGAGGAUGUCCAGUUGUCGAAAUCUGAGGAUUUACAGUCAUCACUCAACUUGAAGAAAGAUGGCUCUGAUAAAGGGGAGUUAUCUCCUAAUGCCACCUCCAGUGCCCCCUCUGCGCAUACUUUACCAAAAACUGAUGAGAAAACUGGGUCAAUUGGGGAGUUGACUGGGGGUUCGGCCUCUGUCAAAGCUAAUGGGGAAACGAAGUCUGUAAAUUCACGUAGAAGACUGGGUAGUUCUAUAUCAUCAGGUUCAGAUUAUGUGGCAGGUGUGACAACAUCUUCCGCUCGUGGUCUAUCUCCAAGUUCUUCAGUUGGUUCACUGUCUUCCGAGAAAUCAUCUCUGAAUCCCUAUGCCAAGGAAUUCAAGCUCAACCCUAAUGCCAAGAGUUUUAUUCCAACUCAGACACCUGUUAGACCUCGCUCCCCAGCGUCUGAUGGUUCCUUCUAUUUCCCAGCUGGUGUAUCUACUGUACCAAGUAUGCCGGUCAUGCCCAUGGGUAUUGGAGUUGGAACUACUUUUGCAGGGCAACAACCUAUCAUAUAUAAUCCACAGGUAGCACAAAUGCCAUCCCAACCAUAUUUUCAUCCGAAUGGACAACAGUAUGGACAGCUUGUUGGUCAUCCUAGGCAAGUUUUCUACAUGCCGAAUUACCAACCUGAGACGCAAUAUAAGGGACGGAAUUAUUGACUACUUAGUUGAUUGAAUUCUGCUAAGUUCGAUCCUUGCCUGAAAAGAAUGAACUCAGUGGAUUGUGUGGAGUUUCAAAUGACCAGGAUAUCUGUAGCUUCUUGGAGGACAUCCAUGAAGUUUGAUAAUUCGCAGGCGAGUUGGCUCCUUGUGGGAUAUAAGUUACUGAUCUUGUAUUCAGCCAUACAUCUUUUGGGAUUUUUCAGUUUUCUCUUCAGUAUUAUUGUGCAACAUUUACUUAAUUAUCGUCUUCUAUAGUUUAAUUACUACCCAUUCUUUUAACCUUUA